UCAGCAGUUCUAACUUAAGAUUAUUGAGACUCUCUAAAAUCUCUUUUGCUCUGAGCAAAUUAAUUUUUGUUUGUUUUGGAAUGGUUAGUUUAAUCGAAUGAUAGUAAUUCACUAUUUAAUCAAGUAUACUUAUUAUCCGAUGUAAUUUUUUCUAAACACCUGUGAAUUUAAUCCAUAAUGAGUUCAAGAACUCUGCUGUUUUAUUAUUACGUCUACCUAAUGACUUGACUUUGGUGGUUUCUCUCUGAGAAGAUUUUUUUGCUAAUCCAGGAUGUGGCCUUAUAUGAUAAGACUGAAUCCCUUUGGAUUUAUUGUUGCUUUAGUUUUGUGUAUUAGUGUUUACCUUCUUUAUACAUCAUCAUCAUUGACUAACGAUGUUCUCCAUAACAUCAGAGCAAGAAAACGUGAACCUAAUCUUUCCACAGCUCUUGGUGGCCAAACGAUUGAUUUGAAAAAUCUACUUGUAACACUGAUAAGAGCAGCUGAACGAGGAGGUAAAGAGGUGGUUGGCGUUAUGAAAAAUCGAGAGUUACAUAGUCGGGCAAAAUCUAAGGAUGAACAUGGUAAAGAUGAGCUAUUAACAGAGGGUGAUUUAAGAUCUCAUCAAAUGAUGGUCUUACAAGUCUCAGCUAAAUUUCCUGGCUUGAGAAUUAUUUCCGAGGAAAAAGAAAGCCCUGAUAGUGAUGGUUUUUUCCUUCCCUUUGGCGAGCUUCAAGAUUUACUCUAUGCUGAUGAUAUUCAUAAUCUUCCUAGUUCUCUUGUAUCAAUGGAAGAUCUAGUUGUAUGGAUUGACCCAUUAGAUGCAACUCAAGAAUACACGGAAAAUUUGACUCAAUAUGUUACAACUAUGGCAUGUGUGGCUGUUAAGGGCGUUGCAACUAUUGGUAUUAUUCACGAACCAUUCAGUCAGGAAACUUACUGGGCCUGGAAAGAUACAGGUCUUUCAGAAUCAGUUGAAGAUCUUGUUCUUAAUCUACCGCAAUCGACUAGUAGAGACAAAAAGAGGUUACGCUUCAUUGUUUCGCGUUCUCACACUGGAGACAUAAAAAAUAGUUUAGCCAAAUUGUACAAAGAUGAUUAUGAUGUGAUAACUGCCGGUGGCUCUGGGUAUAAGGCAUUACAGCUAAUCAAAGGUAAUGCUGAUGCCUAUGUUCACAGUACCUCAAUUAAAAAAUGGGACAUUUGUGCUCCUAAUGCAUUGCUUAAUUCGGUUCAAAAUAGUUUGAUGACAGAUCUGAAAGGAAACACCAUUGAUUACAAUGAUACUGGCGAUGUUUACAACAGGAAUGGACUGUUAGCAACUUAUCAAACUAACCAUCAAAAAAUCUUACAAGCAUUUAAGAACUUAGCUUCUUCAAUAAAACAUAUAUAACGGGUUGGAGCAAUUCUCAGCAAACUAAGUCAUUUAACGUAACAAUUAAAAUCAAACCUCAAUCGUAAACAUGGUCAACAUGCAUAAUCAUUUUCAAUCUUAGUUUAUAUAUAUUCUUAAUUCACAAUGCAAAAAUAUUCCUCAUUUUAAAUUUGUACCAAUCAAGCAGCUCAUUUUCAUCUUUAGUAAAUAAAUAAUAUGUUUAAUCACUGA